AUGGCUUCACGUGCAGCCGCUCUUGUUCUCAAGGCGGCCGUUUUGGCUGUCGUUCUCUCCAUGCUGGUCCUGCCUUCCUCGGGGCGUUGUACAUCGCUGGGACCGGCGCUCCCGCCACCACCGCAGGUGCGGGUUUCAGCAACUCCAGAGCCGCCACCACCGUCGGGGCCAAAGAUAACUUGCGCGGAUUGUAUGCAGUGCCGGGACUCGUGCAGCAGCGACUGCGCCGCUCUCAGCUGCCUCCAGGAAUAA